AUGUCAUCAACAGCACCGCAAAUUAACUCGCGAGCCCAGGCGGGCUUCGCUAAUGCAAAAUCCUACGACCAGCAUCGCCCGACUUACUCUCCCGAACAUGUCCAAUAUCUUCUUGAACAACUGGGUGUAGCUGACAAGAAGGGUGCAACAAUUCUCGACCUAGCAGCUGGAACUGGAAAGCUCACUGAAGUUCUCGCAAGUCGAGAUGAGGGCUACAAGAUCGUCGCAGUGGAGCCUCACGAUGACAUGAGACAAGUCUUGGCGGCCAAACAACUGAAGGGAGUUGAGGUAGUAAGUGGCACGGCAGAGAAUAUGGAGAAUGUUAGAGAUGGAACCGUGGAUGCUGUUGUGGUUGGACAGGCAUUUCAUUGGUUCGCAACUAUGUCCGCCUUGAAGGAGAUACAUCGUGUGCUGCAAUCCCAUGGCGCACUGGGCCUGAUCUGGAAUAUCGAGGAUUACAACAAUUCCAAAAAGCACAAGCCUUCCUCGGCCUGGGAGCAGACGGCGAAAGACUUAACAUGGCAGGUGUCUGAGGAGCUUGGCGAUCAAGAGCCAAGAUUCAGACAUCUGCAAUGGAAGAAGGUCUUCGAUGAGCAGAUAAAAAUGACACCCCUGUCACUAAUCAAGGCGAGCGAUGAUCAGCUGUUUAGUCUACCCAUCGCUGAGUACCAUGAGCCAUGGCAGGUGGCGUUACCUGUAGACAAGGUCUGGGAAAGAUAUCGAACGCUGGGGUAUAUAUCUGUUUUGAGAGAUGAGAAGCUGGAAAAGACGAAGAAGACAUUCAUGGACGCUAUUGGCGCACCCGAUGUGGAGAGAGAUGCUGGUAAUGUUGUCGUUCACGGCAAUACAUAUCUGGUCUGGACGACUAAAAUUCCAGCUGAGGGACGCGAGAGCUUGACUGGGGUCGAGCGGCCUGGAACUUGA